AUGUCUGAGAGAGAGAGAGAGAGACUAAGUUCACGUCUCUCUCAUUCUCUCUCUUUUCCCCUUCCAUCUUUCCCCUCCCCACUCUUUACCACCUCUCUUCCUAUCGCUUUUACUCCAAUUUUCCCCAGUCUGUCUUUAGCUCAAAUUCUCACUUCCUCACUAUAUGUCUCUCUAAUUCUCUUUCCUUUUCUUCUCUGUCAUUCUGUUUCGUUUUUUAACCUUGUCUCCCACGCAAAAUUCUCUCUCUCUCUCUCUCUCUCUCUCUCUCUCUCUCUCUUAUUUUGUCCCUACCUCUUGAUACGUUCGCUGUCUCACUCUUUCUCUCAGGUCUCCUUUAUUCUCUCUCUUUAUCACUUUCUCGUCUCUCCAAUUCACUCUCAUUCUUUCACUUUUUCCCUCUCUCUCAUUCUCUCACAUACUAACCCAGCCUUUCUAACAAACAAUCUCUCUCACUCUUUAACUCGUCCUUUCUCAGUCUCACUUUCAUUUUCUCUCGCUUUCGCUUUCUGUCUCAUUCUCUCUAUCUCGCUUUUUAACACUAUCUUUCUCACUCACUCUUUAUCAUUCAUUUUCAUUUCCUUUAAUUCCGUCUUUCACUUUCUCUCGAUAAUUCUCUUUCAUAUAGACAUACACUCUCACUCUCUCUCUCUCUCUCUUUCACUCUUUUUUCUCUCUCACUUUACGCACGCAUCGGCAAAUAUUUAG